AUGUUCCUACAAAGGAAUAAUUUUUCUGGUCUCAUUCCUAAUGAACUUGGGAAUUUGAAGUCUCUCACUGAUCUUGUAGUAAGUAACAAUCAACUUAGUGGUUCUAUUCCUUUAUCUCUAGCAAACCUGAGUAACCUACAGCUUCUGUACCUAGAUGUGAAUAAAUUAUCUGGUCCCAUUCCUACUGGACUUGGGAAUUUGAAGUCUCUCACUGAUCUUGACAUUAGCAACAAUAAACUCAGAGGUAGCAUACCACCAGAGUUUGCAAAUUCAACGCGAUUACGAAGGCUUGAUCUUUCUUCCAAUCAUUUGGUAGGUGAAAUCCCUAAGAAAUUUGGGAAGAUGAAAAGUAUGCUGAGUUUGUACUUGUCUAAUAACCAACUUUCAGGCAAUAUACCUCUGGAGCUUGGAUCAUUCCAUGAACUCCUUGUACUAGAUCUAUCCACAAACAGAUUGAAUGGGUCGAUACCCAGAAGUAUUGGUCAAUGGGCACAAAUCAAUUACCUGAAUCUUAGUAAUAACAAGCUCAGUGGAAAAAUCCCAUCCGAGAUUGGUAAAUUAGUUAAUCUUGAGAAACUUGAUUUAUCUCAGAAUUUAUUCACACAAGAGAUACCAUCUGAAGUUCAAACUUUGCAAACAUUGCAAAAAUUGAAUCUUUCCCACAAUAUGCUAUCUGGUUCUAUUCCUAAUGCUUUUACAAAUUUGCAUGGUGGAAUUGAUAUUGACCUGUCUUACAAUGAGCUCACAGGUCCGGUUCCACUGAGCCCCAACUUGUUGAAUGCGUCCGUACAAGGUAAUCCAGGUUUGUGUGGAAAUGUUACGGGAGUGAAACUUUGUACAAGUCAAAUUAUGAAGAAGAAAAACGAUCCCUUUCGUCAGAAGCUCAUCCUUGUAAUUAUGCUCCCCCUUAUAGGGGUAGUUUUACUUGGUUUAUUAACGUAUGGUCUCAUUGCUUAUCGACAACAAAGGAAAAAGUCUCCACAUAAACCAUUGGAAGAAGAAAGUGGUGAUUAUUUCCACAUUACAAGUUUUGAUGGUAAAGUAGUGUAUGAUGAUAUCUUGAAGGCAACAAAUGGUUUCAAUGAAGCCUACUGUAUAGGGACAGGAGGAUACGGUAUUGUUUACAAGGCUAAGCUACAACCUGACAAUGUGGUUGCUGUCAAGAAACUUCAUUCAUCAUCCGACGAUGUUGAUCAUAGUGGUUUCCUUAAUGAGGUACGGGCAUUAACGAACAUAAGGCAUCGAAACAUAGUGAAACUCUAUGGAUAUUGCUCCCAUGCCCACAACUCAAUUUUGAUUUAUGAAUACCUUGAAAAUGGCAGCCUUGGAUCAAUUUUAAAAAACGAUGUAUUAGCAAAAGAAUUGGAUUGGUUAACAAGGGUCAAUAUUGUAAAGGGCGUUGCUAAUGGUUUGGCAUAUAUGCAUCACGAUUGUUCACCGCCUAUAGUGCAUAGAGACAUUUCCAUAUCCAACAUCCUUCUCGAUUCUGAUUAUGAGGCACGAAUUUCUGAUUUUGGCACAUCCAAGCUUUUAAAGCUAGACUCAUCAAACUGGACUGCAGUAGCAGGAACCUAUGGUUAUAUCGCUCCAGAGCUUGCUUAUACGAUGGUCGCAAAUGAGAAAUGUGAUGUGUAUAGCUUUGGAGUUGUUGCACUAGAAGUGGUCAUGGGAAAGCAUCCUGGAGAACUCAUAACAUCUUUACCAACAUUAUCAGAUGAUCAUCAUCUGGUGUUAGCAAAUGUGGGAGACAGUCGGAUACCGCCUCCCUCAUCCCAAGUUGAGAAAGAAGUUAUGUCAGUAUUGAGAGUCUCAAGAGCAUGUUUGAACUACAAUCCACUUGAAAGGCCAACGAUGCACCAAGUUUCAAAUCUGUUGAUGAAGGCCUAAUAUAGUGUACUUUCAAUGUUCUUUAUUUUUCAGUAGUUUCCUAUGAUGCACCCUAUGAUAUUUAUGCAACUAGAUGCCUUCUUGUUAAGAUACUACAGAUAUGUUUUCUUA